AUGGUAUUUCUUCAAAUAUCUCCUAUGAAGGGUAUUAACCGCUUUGGUAAGAGAGGAAAACUUAGCUUGAGGUUCAUUGGACCUUUUGAGAUCCUUAAGAGGAUAAGGGAAGUAGCGUACAUAUUGGCUAUACCCCUAGUGCUGACAGCUAUACAUGAUGUGUUUCGUGUUUCUAUGCUUCAAAAAUAUGUGUUAGUCCCGUCCCAUGUUUUGAGUUAUGAAGCAUUGGAACUUCAACCUGAUCUUUCAUACCAGGAGCAACCAGUACAAGUACUAAACAAAAGAGAGAAAGUCUUGAGAAACAAGAUAAUUGCAUUGAUUAAAAUAUUAUGGAGGAAUAGUGAAGUUGAAGAGGCAACCUGGGAACUAGAGACGGAUAUGCAGUAG